CCCACAGGCCGCGAAGCGUGCAGUGCUGAGGCCCAGAGAUGGAGCUGCCAGACCCGGUCCGCCAACGGCUAGGAAACUUCAGCCGGACUGUGUUCCGAGACUCCAGCCGGACCGGGCCGGAGUAUGGCGAGGAGGGUCCCGAUAAUGAAAUGGUCUCCAGUUUGACACUGCAGAUGUCACUUUAUUUUAACAGUUACUUUUUCCCAUUUUGGUGGAUGAGCAGUGUUGCAAUGCUGCACAUGAAGUAUUCAAUCUUGCCUGAUUACUACAAAUUCAUUGUGGUCACAGUUAUCAUCCUAAUAACUUUAAUUGAAGCUAUCCGGUUAUAUCUGGGCUAUAUGGGUAACCUGCAGGAGAAGGUUCCUGAGCUGGCUGGCUUUUGGCUUCUGAGUCUUCUGUUGCAGUUACCUUUAAUUCUUUUUUUGCUCUUUAAUGAAGGUCUAACAAAUCUGCCUUUGGAAAGAGCAGUACAUAUUAUUUUCACUAUUUUCCUUACUUUCCAAGUGAUUUCAGCGUUUCUUACCUUGAAAAAAAUGGUAAAUCAGUUGGCAACUCAUUUCCACCUCCAAGACUUUGAUAGGCUCUCUGCAAGCAGAAAAGAUAUGAGAAGAAUGAGAUCCAGUAUAGAAGAGAUCUGACCCUGUGCUACUGAAUAAAAUCUAAAAGAACAAUCUAGAAGACAAGUUAAUAAAAUAUAAGAGAUUCAGCAUGAGCAAAUGAAAGAAACCAAAUACGUUGAAUAUAUACAGUCUUACUUUGAGAUUCCAAAGUUGGAGCAAUGGUAAGACUAUUUGAGGGGGAGUGGGGUUGGCUCCCACCCAGCUGUGCUCAGGGCUUUCACCUGGCUCUAUGCUCAGAGGUCACUCCUGGAAGACUCAAGGAUCAC